GCCUCUGUCAGGUCUUGGUUUCCCUUUGCGCUGUUGCUGAAGGCUUGUUCCCGUUCCAUUUCUCUCGUUCUUUCCACACCUUCGAGCUCCUCAUUCUACAGCCCUUCAAGUCACACUCACCCUCACGCGACGCCAAAUUCAUCGUGGCCAUUUGUCUGGCCCUCAUCUUUUCAGAUCAGUCGCGCUAUCCCAUUGGCGACCCGGAGCAGAUUCGACCCUGUGUGGAUCCCACUAUCAGUGAGGAUCACUUUCAGGAACGUGAGCGCAUCCCUUUUGGAAUGAUAACGUCUUCAAGAAUCCAACAGAAAUCCGUCAGCACUUCAAGUACUGUUUCAGGUGAUUGUUUUCACUCGCGAUCGUGAUCUCGGGACACCUGGUGUCACAUCCGACAACCGUUAACUCGCCACGAAUGAGUAAUAUGGUCGUUGAGGAUUCGACUCUGUCCAUCACGGUGCCGCCAAAUCGAGCGCCCUGAAGCGUGAUCAGCGACAACUCAUUUCUCUUCGCUUCUCUCUGUUAUCAGCUACCUUGGCUCAAGCAAGCACUCUUCGGCUCCUGCCACGACCUGAAACGCUAUCGCGACCGAGUCCUGCUUGAGCCCGUCUCGUGUCUGAAGCUGUGAUAGGCGAAAUCAACUUUGGUUGUUUCCUUGCACUCUAGGUAUGAGCGCAAUCGCUUUCAGCCCUCCAGAUAAUCGGCUACACACCAUUUUGUCGGACCCGCAUACCAUGCUAUCACAUCCCGCUGGUUUCGAAGCUGCGUCGUCCGAGCGACGCAUGUCGACCGCCAAUGAAGGCCUCAUGGCCCUUCCCACAGUCAUGUUGCGCCGUCUGCCUAAGAAUACGACUCCUGAGGCGGUGAGGACUAUGUUGCUCUUCGCCAAAGACCUCCAAGACACCGAGAUCAUCCCCAACGAGUACGACGAGGAUGCUGGGUUUGCCACAGGAAUCGCGCGUUUUGGUUCCAUGACAGGCGCAUCCGAGGCGCAAGCAAUGCUGGAUGGCAAAUCCAACACUGCUGGGCAGGCGAAGAUGAUUGUGAACAUCAUCUCGAAUCGCUCCAUGGCUUCAAUGGCCCGGCGAAAUACUAUAGACCCUAUGGCGGGCCGGAAGGUCGCACAAUCAAUAUCGCCGCCGCCUGCCAGCGCUCAGAAAUCUUCCCGAUUCAACGGCACUUUCCAAGCGCUGGACAAGACAUCACCUCCCCCAGUUGGCUCACCGCCAGACUAUCAGUCUUCCGAUUCCGGGCCGCAGUUACAAAGUAUCUUUUCUCCUCAAUCGCCAAUGGCAAACGCAUUACCGGAUCGCUCGCGGGUGAGCGGAAAGACAGUCAUUGAUGAAGACGGAGGGGAUGACGAUACUCGCGAAUUACUGAAAGACCCUUUGGCGUACAUGCAUAGCUCCUCCAUGGUCAACGCAGGAAGAAAGUCCACCAACAACCGAGCUCCUACCGCGGCAUUUCAAUCGCUCUCCCUUAAUACGAACAUGACCGGUGCAUCCUCCAAUGGCUAUGCGUCACCGCGAUCCGCCCUGCAGGCUCGAACACCUCAUUCCCAAUUUUCGCCGGUGAUGAAUACCAACGGACAGUACGGCGUAUCAAACCCUCCUUAUAUACGGCACAACUAUCCACCGGUCAAUCCGGCCGACCAGAACCCGCCGUGCAACACCUUGUAUGUAGGCAACUUGCCUAUAGACACAUCUGAGGAUGAACUGAAAGCCAUGUUUUCGAAACAGAGAGGAUACAAGCGUCUUUGUUUCCGGACGAAACAAAACGGGCCCAUGUGUUUUGUCGAGUUCGAAGACAUCUCGUUCGCUACCAAGGCGCUGAACGAGUUAUAUGGUGCUCAACUACACAACAGUGUCAAAGGUGGCAUCCGAUUGAGCUUCUCGAAGAAUCCACUGGGUGUCCGGUCAGGACAACCUGGAAGCCCCAACCCUGCAACACCUCUCAGUGCCACGGGGCCCAUGAAUUUGGGUGGAUUUGGCGGCAUGGCCCUUGGGUCAUUUACCACCGCAAAUGGGCCACCGCCAGGACUCUCGGCGCCUCCAGGCUUGAAUAUGACCUCGAAUGGGGUCAAUGGGGUCGCGGCUCCUCCGCCAUUCGUCAAUCAGGGGUUUCCUGUCGGAUCUGGUGCUGUGUCGAACCUCCGAGCCCUGGGUAUGAACAACAGUCCGGCGAACCAGAACAUGGGCGGCAUGUACGCUGAUUAUAUGCUUGGUCGGUAGGAGACAUGUAGAUGUUGGCGAGCAAGGUUUGCUGGCGGUCGGCGCAGGUGGGAUGGAAGGGCAUUCAAUGCGUGGCAGAGCCAUUGCGCACCAAAAGGUCUCUCCCUUCGAUGGCAGAGGAGUGUAUUUGGGGAUUUGAUUUGAACCUUGGAUGGGCGUUGCGCUGAUGCAUUGCAUCGAGUCCUUUCUUUGAACUUUUGGUCACGAGAUUCCCCUUUCAGCGGACAGCGAGCGAGCAAUCAGGCAGGGCAGGCAAGCAAGCGACAUGGCGUUUUAUUGAUACAUCCAGACCAAUAGUGUCAAGGGCUCGGAUGGUUGGGAAAGCAUGACUACGGGCAGGAACAUUUGUCGAACACCGUCAUUAUCGAGGAUUUUUCAGCAUGGGGCUUUUUCAUAUUGUCGUGUUUGGAGGCAUAACUGGGGUCCUAUAUACACCGUUGCUUUCUGCUAGCAUGACGGCAUGCAUUCUUUUCACGUGUAGUUAUGAUUCAGGUGUGAAACAAGGGUCUUGAUAAUGGGAAGGAAGGAUUUUCUGGAAGCAUGGGCAUUCCAGUUUCCAGGUGGAUCACCUAGAGACAAUACGAGAUAUCCCAGGUACUUAGGAAAUACGACCUCAGAGCAAUCGAUUGAGGGACGGGUGGACCAGGCCGCAUGCAUGCUGUGACUGUCGGUCGUUUGGUUGUGAAAACUGAUGACGGUCUCUGGAAUCUGGAUUGAAAAUGGGUAGCAGAGAAGCAGACCAGCGAUACCCUUCCUUGGGUGGUUGGUCGAUAGGUA